CUGGCCUCUGAGAUGAGCGGCAGCGCAGCCCGCGCAGUCACCUCCUCCGGCCACUCCGGCGCGGCGCGGAUCGGCCUCGGCUGGAACCGCGGGACGCCGCCUGCGGCGCUGCGCGACGUCCUCACCGACCGUCUCGCGACAACCGACCACUUCUUCGAGCCGAUGGCGGCGGGCGUGCGAGGUGACGUCCUCCUCGUCGCCUUCGCCGCCCAGGGCCCCGGCAUGCAACAGUGGGCCGCGCCGUGCGCCGCCGCGCGCGCAGCCGGCGUGGCCGUCGACGCCCUCUACCUCGCCGACCCGUCAAACUCGUACUACCUGCAGGACCCAGCCGGCGGGUGGGGCGGCGUACGCUACUUUGAGCGGCUCAUCCGAGCCCACACGGCCGGCUACGCGCGCGUCCUCCUCGUCGGCUCCUCGAUGGGCGGCACCGCCGCGCUGCUGCACGCGCACCUCGGCCACCGCGCCGUCUCGUUUGGCCCGCGGGUGGACCUGGACCUGACGCACGGCGCGCACGUGCCGGCCGAGCCCAGGCGCGCGUGCACCGCGCGCGUGCGACACGCCCUCGCGGUGAUGCACGCGCGAGGCGGCCGUGCGGCCGUGCACGUCGGCGCGGGCAACGCCGUCGACAUGAUGCAGGCCCGGCUCGUCGCGCACGCGCCGGGGCUCGCCCUGCAUGAGCACGACACCUUCCACCACAACGUGCCCAUGUUCCUCGAGCGCGAGGGCCUGCUGGUGCCGCUGCUGAAGCGCGAGCUCCUCGCGCUGCUCCAGGGGUAGUCGUCGCCGCCGGACCACGCUGUAGUGUAUGUCGCCGCCGCAAGUACAAGAUAGUACGCAGGUAGGAUAGCGCCCCUGUGGAACUGACUGUAGACGGGGCCUCGUGUCGUGUGGCCCGAAAUGUUUCCCAUCCGCGGGAGAGAGCUAGGGAGAGAGUUUACUUUAGCCCCCCGCCCAAGGCGAGUUUUUUUGUAAAAAAAAUGUUCCAGU